AUGCCUCCCAUAGUGGAUAUCACCGCGGAUUCAGCAGAAGCGGGCGACGGUCUUGUGUUCGUAUCAUUCUCACACCCCGGCGACAUAGCGGAAUGCGCGACACAGAUUCGUUCCCACGUGGCUCGCAAGAACCAUCCUCGGCGAAAACGAAAGCCGCAGCCUACCAUCACCUGCAAUCCACAAGAUCCUGAGCAAAGUUCCACCCUGGUGCAGAGAACCGGCGCUGUUCCUCAGUCAUACUUCCAAUCCAUACUGUGGCCGAGAGGAUAUGACCCAAUCGCCGCCUUCAUGCAGCAGCUGCCUCCGAAUGAGGAUAAGCUGAUAAGAGUCUUUGUGAAGCACUCCGUGCUACGAAGCAUGAACUACGCCGCGAAUCCAGAGACGAUGCUCAUCUCAAACCAAGACGCGUUCUGGCGCUCCGUGACUCGGUACUGGGUCCAAACAGCGUUCAUAGACAGAACCAUGCUUUCGUACAUCUUCCUCAUUACCUGUCGAUACCUGGCAGAGCGCAAGCCGGAUUGGAACCAUCGCCUCUCGCAGAAAGCACUCCAGUAUAAGCAGAAGUGUUUGCGGGAACUAGAUUUUGCCUCGCCCACUUCGGAUCAAAUGAUAGUCAAGCGAUUCGCACUGGCAGCAGACGAAAUGAUCUGUGGAAGCCCAGUUCGGGCACAGGAACACAUCAGGAGCGCGGGAGACCUGUUGCGGGUCAAGACGAUCAAAGGACGGGGUGGAGAUUUCUCGUUUGACGAGAGCACUGGCAGAUUGGUCAUUAAUUUCUCGGAGGGGUUUGAUGGUAAGCUCUUGGGUACUGUGAAGUGGAAAAACCCCUCCUCCAAACCAGAGUCGGACGAGGAGGGUGAGACGGAGUUCACUUAUUUUAUGGGCAACGGGAACACGCCAGCCGCAAACGUGUUCGCAGGUUAG